AUGCUGGACGAUGCCCGUGUCAAGCACAUGGCGCAGCUCAAGAUUGCCUUAGAUCAGCUUCUCCGUGAAGUGUUUACCCGCAGCGACAAGCUGCGACAACAAGCGAGAGGACGGUGCGACAAGAAUACGCGGGUCAAGUUUGCCAACUUUAGUGUGGGUGAUUUUGUCCUAGUCGGCACCGUCGUUCAACGGCCUACGAAGCUUGCGCUGCAGUUGCGUGGGCCACAACAGGUCGUUCGCGUGGUCACGGAUCACGUGAUGGAGACGCAACAACUGCUUGCGACCUUCGAUUUGUCCACGCACCAUGCGUGUCGAUUGAAGAUGUACCACGAAGGCGGACGUGAGUGCGUGUUGCGGCAAACCGGCCGCUACAAAGUUCUAGUCAAGUGGCUCGGCUUGGAUGCCAAGGAAUCGUCCUGGGAGCCAGUCGACAACUUGCUUGAAGACAUCCCGAUAGUGCUGCGCAAGUGGUGCGCUGCUCACAAGGACGAAGAUCAUGUCGCGGACAUGAUGGCCCACCUAGAUCUCCCUUAG